UACAUCUUUUCUUACAGAACAGUAAUAUCAUAACACAGAUUAAAUAUAUUCAACAAACAAAAAUUUCGAAGAACAGAUCAAAUGUAUAUAAAAAUCUGUUUAACUUAUUAAUUAUUAAUAUAACAAUAUUUAAUAGAUUUCUCAUUAUGUCAAGAAGCACGUUUUUCAUCUAUCAAUAAUCAAUUUAUCAUCGCACGAUAUAUUCAUUUCAUAUUUAUCUCAUUAUAAAGCUAUAACUAAAAAAUAUAUAUGUGUAAUAUACAUUUUUCAAUUAUAACAUUAUAACGAGAUACAUAUACAAAACGUAUCAUUUAUAAAUGUCAUAACUGACAUAACUAAUAUUGUAUUAAGAACAAUUUUGUCAAACAAGUUGAAGAGACUGUAAGUAUCGAUUACGUUCUGUCUCUUAGUCAGACGGUUCCGUAAUUUUUUUCAUACUGUUCGAUGCAUGUCCGCGCAAGCGCUGACGUACUUCGUUGAAAAAUACAAUCAGUAGUAGUGAUCAGUAGUAGUGCGUCUUCCGCGAGUUAACCAUGAAGCAUGCCUCUAGCAAGUUUGUCGUAGAAGUUUACAAAAAAGAUAAUGAUUAUAGUCUUCAACUGAAUCGUUGGUUCUUGAAAUCGAUAGGAGCUUGGCCGGAAUUAUCAACGAACUCGAUGAUCAAGAAUAUUUUGAUAAAAGUUCUGCAAUUAAUGUGUCAUUCUUUAAUAGCUUUUGCUGUAGUACCUUCUAUACUAUAUAUUCUUUUCGAGGAGAAAGACAUCCGCCUAAAGCUCAAGGCUAUAGGGCCAACGAGUCACUGUCUCAUGGGCGGUAUCAAUUACUGUUCGCUUUUACAUCAUAGCGAUCGGAUACAGAAAUCUGUCAAACAUAUGGAGACCGAUUGGCGUAUGGCGAAGAGAGAGCAUGAUCGGGAAAUGAUGCUGAAAAACGCGAGAAUAGGUCGCGUUAUAGCGGGCGUUUGCGCGCUGAUCAUGCAGGGUGGUGUCCUUUGUUACAACUUAGCGAGAGGAAUGUCACGGAUAGUCGUGAUCGUCGGCAACGAGACGAUUACAACAGGUCGCUUACCAUGUCCGUCUUUCAACAAAAUUGUGGAUACCAGAAUCAGCCCGACAUACGAAGUCGUACUCGCGCUGCAAUGUCUCUCCACUAUCGUGGUGAAUAAUAUCACGAUUAGUGCAUGUGGUCUUGCCGCUGUUUUCGCGAUGCAUGCUUCCGGUCAGCUUAAUGUAGUAAUAUUACGUCUCGAAGAACUCGUCGGUGAAAAACAAGAGCUCUUACAUCUAAGACUAGCGAAUAUCGUGGAGCAUCAUUUACGAGCGUUGAAAUUUCUUUCACGUAUGGAGGUAAUUCUGCGACAGAUAUGUUUUGUAGAAUUAAUUGGAUGUACAUUUAAUUUAUGUAUGCUAGGAUAUUACACCAUUACGGAAUGGUAUGAAGAAAGUAUGAAUACUUUAAUAACAUAUAUCAUGAUACUUACAUCGAUGAUGUUCAAUAUUUUCAUAUUUUGCUUCAUUGGUGAACUAGUAGCAGAUCAGUGCAAAAAAGUCGGUGAGGCAGCUUAUAUGACUAACUGGUAUUAUUUGCCGCAUAAGACUGUCCUCGGUCUAAUUUUAAUAAUUUUGCGAUCAAGAAUUGUAAUCAAAAUCACGGCUGGAAAAAUAUUUCAUAUGUCUAUCCCAACUUUUGGUCUUGUAAUUAAAACAUCAGUUGCAUACCUAAAUAUGCUUCGAACUUUAACUACGUAAAUACUGUGUGACAAAAUAGAAUUAUUUUAAAAUAUAUUCCAUAUAUAGACAAUGUAAAAUAAAAUUUCUUAUAUGUACAUAUUAUAAUAUAUUAUGUACAUAUUAUAAUAUAUAUUUUAAGAAAAAAAACACACAUUCUUUAAGAAAAGAAAAGCCUUACGCAUAUAAUACACGAAUAGCAACACAUAUAAAUCAGGAAGAAGAAUAUUCCCUUUCAUUCUCUUAUAACAGAUAAUAACUAAAAAAUGCACCCUGCCAUGCCACAUAACAUACCUGAUUGCUUGACUGUCUUUAUCCUGGAAGGAAAAUUACACCGCAUUGACAUAUAACCACAUAUUACCCUCCGUUCCAUACAACAAACUGCAAAACUGCAAGUAUUGAUUUCGCGCAAUCCGUCAACCGUAAAA